AUGAUGUGGCCAACAGCUGCCCGUUUCAGGUCAGACCACAUGGGCAGGCAUCACCCUUCACUGUCUGCUGCCUUACAGACCUGGCCCCCUCAAGGAACUGCUUUACCAGAGAGAACACCCAGCUGCUGCAGUUACAACCACAUGCCUUCAGGGUAUCGGGGAGCCAUGGGGGGGCUUGUGAAAAUGCUCCUCAGAUGUCCUUGCCUCAGUGGUCUAGAGAGGCAGGCCCUCCUCUACUGCUUGUUGCUCACAAAGAUAGUUAAAUUCAACUCCUCCCCCACAAUGAAUUGCUAUCACAACACCAGCCACACUGGCAAACAACCUUUUGAAAACUGUGGCAGGGUUCUAGCAGCCUGA